AUGUGGGCAAUCUUCGCGCCGCUGAUGCUAACCAUAGCGUUAGCCGUAGCAUUAGCUCAUGGACAAAUAUUGCAGCUUCCGCCGAUGCCGGUCAAAGAUGGCUGUUUUUUGGCGGAGUCCGAGUUGGACUUGUUCCGUUUGGAGAAUGAAGCGGUUGAGGUGUCAUUUCCUUUCUUCCGGACGGCCCUCAAACGACGGCUUGUAAAUCCGCCCGACGACGCCUACCGCAUCGUCAAGGGCGACGGAGAUGACAGCAAAGACGGUGAAGGUCGAAUCAAGCGGCUUGGCUCGAACUUGUGGCUCCUUCCCGCUCGACCGUCCGACUCGGGCAACUACACCUGCACCUUCAGAAACACAACCUAUUGCGUCCGCGGCACCGUUUCACUGCAUGUGUACGCGGCGGCAUCAGUGGACGUGGAUAAGCUGUCGUAUCUGUACGACGCCACCGUAGGAGAAGAUGUCACGCUCAGAUGUCCUGCGGGGAAUCUGGUCUCGCGGACGAGUAUCGAGUGGUUCAAGGAGAAUUUGGGCAGCAGCCUCCAAAGCAAUAGGUGGCAGACUUUGGGCCACGACGCGGCUAAGCUACACAUCCCGGCGGUGGCGCAUUCGGACGGCGGUCUGUACACAUGUCGCCUUAAGGUGCUGGUGGAGCGCCGUGCCUUCACACUCACCAGGACCAUUCGGCUUCUCGUCAUAGGCCCGGAGCAACACACGUCAGCAGAGCCCAAUUUAUCGACGGCUUUGACUCCGGCACCGCCACUGAUUGCUUGGCCGCCUAACGGUAGCGUCAUCGAGGCCUCUCACGGUUCAGCACUGGAAGUGACAUGUGUGGUUUUCACGGGGUGCGACCAGAGCGCCUCCACCAUUGUGUGGUGGACAGCAAGUGGCUUUGAAGUGGAAGCAUCCCCCCACAUAAGGAGGGAAGGGCGCGAAGCGUCGGGCUGUUGGGUGAACGCGACGCUUGUUGUCCGGGCGAUGACGGAUGAAGAGGCAGGGGCGGAGCUGACAUGCCUGGCUGAAAACCGAGAUGGAAGACGCCAAGUCACCGUCACGCUGCGCUUGCAAGACUCAAGCGGGACGUGGCUGGUAUUUGUGUGCGUUUCAACUUCCUGUUUUCUGGUGGUGGUCUCCGUCUUCCUCUACAUUCUGCUUGUUAAACCCAAACUCAAGAAGAAGAGGAAAGCGGACUACUUCCUGACACGAAACAGCAGCUCCUUCUAG